CCUGAUUAGCAAGCCUCAUUUGCAGGUGUGACUGCUUACUUUAAUGUGCUGCAGGUUGUGAUCAAUGUCUAAAAUAGCAAAUGGGUACUGGCUCAUAACAAAAAAAAAUCCAAAAAAAGCUUUCGUCUGAGAGGUAAAUCACACAAAAACUGAUAUUUGUUGUUUGUUAACUGUUUGAUUUCUCUUCACAGUAAUACAAUGUCUUUCUUUUAUGCAGUGUCAUUUUCAAAUGCAGAUAAAACCAAAGCUGUUAAAAGAUUUCAGACCCGAUUCAGGGAUGUUUUAUAAACAUGCAUCCAAAGAACUGCUGCCAAAGAAGGAAUGAAAUGCGUCCCUAUGGCCUGAGGCAGAGUAUUAGAUGUCCUAAGAAAUAUGGGGAGACUGUUAAAGAGAGGAAGUACAUGGUUGCUCCACCAUGCUAUUUGGACUUUGUGUGCGAGCAGAAUGAAGUGGACCCCCAGAAGCCCCUGGAUGACCGGUAUAAAAGAAACACUGCUGUUCCUCCAGAUCUCAAACCGCCCCACAGGGACACAGUUCUCACUAAUGAAGACAGGACCUUGACUAGUCAGCCUGCAGGACCUCUGCUGAUCCACGGCUUCACAGUUCCAGAGUACCAGCAGACAUAUCAUUCUGUGGUGGAUCCCCUGCUCGUUAGUCCAUGUGGAAAGCUCACAGCAUACAGUGUGGAGCUGGGCCGCAACAUUAAGGAACAUCUGUUUGAAGAGCUGGCAUACCCAACGCUUCAGAUUUCAGAACAGACCGAUGGGAAGGUGGAGGUGUUGGAGAGGUUUUGUGUGCUCCGGGCUACACCUUUCAUUAAUAUAGACAGUAAGGGGGGCCCACAGUGAUGUUCCCCAACAGACUCUCUUUCAAUGACAUGAGCCUGAUUUUUGUUUCUGUGUCUUGAUGCUUAAUUUAAUUUGUGUUGUCUUUCUUGAAAUGUAAUGUAGCUGAAGUUAUAUUUCAUUCUUUCAAACAACAAAAGAUUCCAAAUGUUUCAAUCAAUUCUCUUCAAGUAAACUAUAAAAGCAAAAUUAUG